CUUGGUCAGAAAUGUUCUGAUCUGAAGUAGGGACUGCUGUCAUUGCAGUGACCCUGGAAGCCUGUCUUUCGCAAUGCUGUCAUGAACAUUAAUAGAAAUCGGAACACAAUGCGCAGCUCAGGGAUAUCGGACCUCCAGUCUGUCCCCAGUCGGCCAGCCGCUCCCCCGACCUCUCCCACCUUCAGAGAGCCCAACGCGGUGCUGCUGACCAUGGAUGAGGUCCAGUCUCCCCUGAGCCCCAAACCCUCCGACUCAUAUGUGCACCCACACCGCGGCUGCAACCGCUUUGGAGUGCCCAGCCAGAGCGCCUUCUUCUGCAGGCACAACCCCCACAGCCAGAGGGCACGGCACAUAAAGGGCAUCAAUGGCCAGCCCGUCUGUUGGGUCAAUGACAUGAUACUCGGCCGCCAGGCAACCAUGUGCCGGAGCCAGCCCAUGACCCCAGAGAGCUGCCUAAUUAUGUGCGGAAAGAUCCCGACCGCAGCCAUCGGCACCAACAGUAACGCCCUUCCCAUCAACACGCUCACUGGCCUGCAGUUUUUCCCCGUCAAGCUCAUGGACACCCCUACUCUCAAACUGUUGACCCAUGCAUGGAGAGAUGAACUAAGAGACCUGACAGAGAGGGUGGGGCUUCUCAUACCCAACAAGACCUCUAGAGGCACCUCUCCCAGCCCAAGCCCAAGCCCAAGCCCACACAACAGGGAGGACGGGGACAUCAAACUACAGCUGAUGCUGGUCGACAUGCUGUGUCAGGUCCUGGGGAUGACGUCCAUUAGAGAGGUGCAGCAAUGGUUACUGACUGCAGGGCAAAGAGAGAAGGACCAUUUGGUGCACCUGCUAUGUAAUGCGUUGGAGGAGCAUCAGCCCCGCCCCUCAUCCAGUGAUAGAUCAGCCCAGGAAACCCCGACUGUGAGGCCAGCAUCUUCAAACCAUAAGUUGACCACUCUGGAUGAGGAAGACACCAAGACCAGAGAUCCAAAUGAAGGAUUUACAGAGCUCGUGCCCAGUAAGGAGGAGGUGAAGACGAAGCGAGCGCGUUCAACAGUGACCCGCAACAGGCAGAGCACGCCCAGGCCCUCGAGUGACCACAGGAGGCUGUCCAGCCCAGCCGUGUGCCACCUCCUGUCCCCGCCGGUGCUGCGCUACACCAAACGGGCCGUCACCCCGCUGGUCCCCGCGUCCAGCGGCAUCUUCCAGGAGCAGUGGUCCAACUACUGCCAGCAGAGCCCCAACACCUGAGGCAACAGCAGCCACACAACACUGGCACUGGUCUGGACUGGACUGGACUGGACUGGGCCUCAGACUUGAUUCUACCUCUGUGUGUGUGUGUGUGUGUGUGUGUGUGUGUGUGUGUGUGUGUGUGUGUGUGUGUGUGUGUGUGUGUGUGUGUGUGUGUGUGUGUGUGUGUGUUUGUGUUUGUGUUUGUGUGUGUGCCUGAGAAUAGUAAAAAUGGCUGUAAUGCUAUUCCACCGAAGCUUUGUCUUUUUUUCCCAUUGAAUGCUGGAGGCCAGAAAAGAUGUCUAUAUUUAAAGUGGUUUAGUGGUUAAGAUAUUAUGACCUUUUCCUAAUAGGAAGGUAUCUGUCUCCUUUCUGUUGAGAGUGGGUGUAGAGUGUGUAGGUAAGUGUUAAGCAGCAUGAAGGAUUUUAACCUUGUCUACUAGCAUGAAAAAUAAA